AUGCUGUCGAAGGGGCGCACCGUGAAGCCUACGAUGCCCUUGUUGGCCUCGGCAAAGCCCGCCAGGCUGAUUUCCGUCGAGGUUGCUGUGCAGUGGGCGAUCACAGGCCAGUGGCUCCGACCAGACACAUCCUGCAACCACUUCAUCUGCCUUCCCAUUCACCCGCGGGAUGCAGGUGGUCUGUCUGAUGGCAUUGGCGGCAGCAGCGAGGUGGAGACAUCCGCCGACAUGGACUUCUUCUUGGCAGGCCACAUGCGGGGCUGCCCCUCCUGGUUUCCGACGUGUGAGUUUCACGAGGCGGAGAAGCGUGGAGGGCAGAUGCUGUGCCCCUUCGAGCUGGAGGUGAUCGUAUGCACUGGACUGCGCGCAGUGACUUCUGGCCGCCUCGUGGGGACUCAACCUGUGGAGUCCCGCGACGAUGUCGUCUGCUUUAAGUAUGUCGAGCCUCUUCCCUUGGCUCCACAUGACGUCCCGCUCAUUGUUGGGCCACUGGCAGAGGAGGUCUAUGACAAAGGCCGACUGUUGGCUCCUCUGGGCUUCGAGGCGCUGCUGCGCCUGGCUGCGCCCGGCACCGCGGCGGCGCUGCGAGGCGUUGAGGAGGCGCUCGAACGCGCUUUGCCGCUGGCAGCUUGCACCUCGCUGUUUCUGCCCUUGCCGCAUUUGCGACCGGCAGCGCCGCCAAGACUCGCCGACGCCAAAUCUCUGGGCAAGGUUGCAGCCAGCUGGGAUGCCCGGCCACACGGCUCGAGCCUGCCCUGCUUUGAUAUCCAUGGCGGCGUCCACCUGCUCGACUUGUCACUUUUGGCCAGCUCGUGCCCCACCCUGUCCACGGCGCUGCUGCGACCGAUCCAGGCCUAUGCCUUUGCCACUGCUUGGUUCGGCAUCUCAGUACGCCUCGACUCGGAAGAGCAUGCCUGGCUAUUUCAUGGCUUGUGCCGUCUGUUAUCAGACAGCUCGCUGAUCAAGACGUGGCCAAGUGGUCUUGCAGAAGCCGAGGUCGCUGCCAAAUUGCGAGAGGAGGGUCAGCUGUGGCACGCCCAAGUGGAGGCUGGUCGAGAUGAUCAGCCGCUCGCUUCGGGUACCCGGGAGCUGCCACCCUACUCCCCAGGCAUCUUGGGGCAACUGCUGGGUCCGGUCCGAGAGCUGAAGGCGUACCUGGUGUGCCAUGAGCUGUGCAGGAAGCUGGAAUGGGACCACUUCCACAAGAGGCUGUCAGCCAUCUGGGACACAUGCGGGCGAUUCUUGACCACUCCACAGUUCCUCGGGCAGCUGGAUGCCGACGACGCAAACCCUGGGAGCAUGAACCACCAGCUGCGGGACUUUGCUUCCCAGUGGAUCUACGGCCUGGGCUGUCCAGUGGUCCGCGUGGGUUGGUUCUACAACCAGGUGCUCCAUCGGCUCGAACUUUCAGUGUCGCAGCUGCCUCUCGAGCCCACACCUCUGCCGAAGCCGCCACCGCUUAGUCAGAUGACGAAGCGCGUUGGGAAGACGGGAGUUGGCUUCGGCUAUGAGGGCCAUGCAUCGGCAGCUGCAGCUGUACAGACCGUGAGCGUCGACGCACAGGCGGCUAAGAAGGUGCCCUUCAAGUACUGGUCCGGCACGCUGGUGCUGGACAUCCAUGCGAAGGACUCCGACACCCCUGGCAGGGUCGAGAUGGAGCUCUCUGGCCCAGAAGAAGUCCGCGCAAACUCGCUGCUUCCGCCGAAAGUGGACUGCCCGCCGCUGUCCCGGCAGGAGGCGGAGCUGCCUUCGGGCCUGGCUUUCCUGGUGCCAGGGCCCCAGCUGAUGCACUGGCCUCUCGUCCGCCUCGAGAUCGCCCAGCCGCUGGACUUUUGGCAAGGCAUGCUGCGCAACUCCGCGGCACCGGCUGCCGAGGCAGACGCGGCCAAGGCCAUUGGCGACAUGCUGGAAGCCGGGCAGCUUCCAUCUGGUGCUGCGAUGUCAACUCUUUUGCAGGCCCUCUCUAUCCCUUUGAAGGAUGGGGGCUGGCAUGAGAUUACCUGCGUGGAGUGCGCGCUCACGCUCUGCCGGUGGGCCCUGAAGCUGCAGAAGGGGAGCGCUCUCCGCAGCUCGCUCUUCAGGCCACUGCACGAGUUCCUGGGCCGCAAAGCAGCCUGGCAGGCUGACACAGGCAUGGCCCGUGUGCGGAUGCAAGUGGCAAGGUGCCUUCAGGGCCGCGCGUUCCGAACGCUGGAACUGUGGCGGCACUGCCUACCUCUUGAGCUCUGCUACGAGUCACCGCGUGAGGACCCUUUGGGCAUUGCGUCCAUCGAAAUUCAGCGCGAUGUGCCCCAGAAUUCCCGAACCGACGUUCCGGGCGCUGUCGUCAAACGCCUGCAGCUGGAAUCAGCACUUCCCUCCGAAGGGCAUCGCUUGGCGGUUGCCGCCGUGCGAAUUGUACUGGGCCUGUGUGCGCGCGGGCAGGCUGCCCAGCGCUGGGAUGACUUCCUGGAUAAGGUGCCCAGCAAUAAGGGCCCGAGCCCACUGCGCGAGGCCUACGCCAAGGCGUGGGGUGUUCUCGGCCCGGCGCCAAGCCACCUGCAGGCGUUUGCAGAUACUCCGAGCAGCACGAGCGUUCGGUGGAAUCGCGCCGUUCGCCGGGAAGCAUGUGGUGCAGCUUGCCAGUGUGGCCAGGCUGGAACGGCACUGGAUGCCGUCCGCCAGGUUUUGGCGGGCGACGUCUUGGACGAAGGAGGUGAAUGCCUGCAACGCGCAGUAUGGGCCGCCGAGGCGGCUUUGCUGCGCACUCCGCCGGGCAACCAGCUGACUGCCUCGGAGUCGGAUUCGAGGAGGGCAUGGCAUGGUCUGCCCAAGCAGCUGAUGGAGAUCGAGAAGAUCGAGGAUGGAAAGAAGCCCUGGCCUGCGCUCGUGGCUGCUAUCCAGCCUACGCUUGCCCUGUACAGACGCGAGAUGAGCCACUCUUCGCAGAAGCAGGCGCGGCGAAGAGCGCCGGCCGACGGAGUCUUCUGGAAGACGCCAGGUCUCUUUGCCGAUAUUGAGCCCUCACACCCGCACCAUGCAGCGAUCGCGGCCUUCCACAUGCCGCCGGCCAAAGCAGCCAGGAUGGGCGACCGCGCCGCAGCACCGCCGUGA